CUGGUAUAGCUUAUAAAGAGAGCUUCACCGAAAAAGUACGAUUAUUUAUUGUGGUGUUUUGACAACAAAUCGAAACAAACGAAAUGAAUCAGCCUUGGAUAAAGAGCCGCGAGCAUACAGAAGAAGAAAAGCGCGAGCAAAAAAGAAGGUGGAGGCAAAGACAAAAGGAGAAAAAGAGGGCCAAGAAACAAGCAGAUGAAGUCGUGAAGGAACAACCAUUUGUUGCUGACGAACAAAGUAAAAGCGAAAGAAGAGUAUGCGAACGAGUUUCAAAACCAGUCCAGCCACUCUGCAGAGGCAAACAAAUGGUGGAAAUGGCACUAGCUUGUCCCAUGCAACCGCCCCUAGCUUUACCUAAAGUUGAAACCCAAGCGCAAGCAAAAGUCAAAGUUCUGAAAAAAGAUAGAGCUAGCUCGAAAACUUAUGUACGCACUUUAGUGCCACAAAUCGACCCGGUCUUAAUCACAAAUUCGUCAGCCAAGCCAAUCGGACGUGGAAGUUUCGGAAAGUGCUUUCUAGCCAAGAAUAGAGGGAUAGAUGUUGUUGUUAAAAAGCUGAAAAGAAACGACGAGCGGGCGAGACGAGGCGGAGCACGAAGGAAAGAUCAUAUUUUCUCUCGGGACACGCUUUCGCUUGCCCUUGUGCUUCGGGAUUAUGACAAGAGAAAAACCUUAUGCUGUUGUUUUGAAAGCGCAUGGUGUCACGCUCUUCGAGCUAGCAAUUCGUCGCUACUUUCAAAACAACAGUUCAAUGCAGUGUUUCAGAAGAUCUGCAGUACUGUUGAAUAUAUACACUAUAAAGGAUAUCUACACAAUGACAUCAAAUCAAAUAACGUUUUAGUCGAGGAACGGGAAGAGCAAUACUGACCUGUUAUCAUCGACUUCGGGAAAAGCUGCCACAAGGACUCUCAAGUCCCACGAGAGAAGCUUUCUUCCGCCGAAUACAUCGCCCCAGAAGUUCGCGUCCCUGGCAGCAGGAACACCAACGCCAGUGAUGUGUUUUCUUUGGGAUUCAUUUCUUUGGGUUUUCACAAGGACUUUGAGGUAGUUAUAAAGGAAGCUACCAAUUUUUCUGCUAGAAGCAGACCAUCAAUUAGAGACCUUAGGUAAAAGAUUAAAAACAUUGUGUAGCCUGGACAAAAUAGAUUUGUAAGAAAGAAAUUCAGCCUGUAUGCUUACUUUAUGCGUAGCUAGCGGUGUUAUUUGGUCUUGGAGUAGUGUGGUUCGGUACUCGUAUAGUUAAGGUUUGGUAAGCCUAUGGUCUUUUCGGUUUUAGAUUUCUCUUUGCCUUUAAUAAAGCAUUGAAAUCGAGAAAAUUGACUAUACUUAUAUAACUGUGUCUGUCGUGAGGGAUACACGGCGAGUACUUCCUUCGCACAUGUAACACUAACCCAGGCACAAACCCCAUCCCUGCUGGCACUAUUUGUAACACAUAUCGUACUCCAGGCUCCGUGACGUUGAAAGAUAUAAACAGUAGUUGUGUUAUACGACCCAGCGUGUGCUGACAGAUUUUAUACACCUUUUGACCACUAAUCCCCUGCUAAGGUGUACUUUUGCACGCCUAAAAUAGGUGUGCAAAACCAUUUCAGACCGGCUAGGGCUCCUCAUGGUAAUAAAAAGAAAGUGUCCUUGAA